CAACUAACUGGAGCACAGAGGAAUUUCGCCGUCAUUGCCGUCUGGCAGCGGGUGUCACGGGCUGGACCGGCUAAGAUGGUGGGAUCUGCGGUUCUGCUGCUCGGACUCGUACCGGUGGUGUUGUGCCAGGCAGAGUUCGCCCCACCCACAGUAAAUAUCAGCCUGGAUGUUGAUCCAGAAGUGCGAUGGAUGCCUCUGCUCGAAGUGUUUGACGUAGACUACCUUAAGAAAGCUGCCGCAGAGGUCAUUGACUCCACAGUUCCAAAAUGGGUGCAUCAUGCAGUUGAACCUGUUGUGAUGGCCUUGGAAAAGUAUGUCCCUCAGCCUUACGCGGGAGAGAUCCGCGGCAUGGCCUCAUACAUGGGAGGAAGCCUUUCAGACGUCAUCAUUCUCAACUUCGCCUAUGAAAUAACUGCAUUUUGCACUAGCAUCGUAGCUCAGGACAAAAAUGGCCACGUGUACCACGGCAGGAAUCUUGAUUAUCCACAUCCUGUUCUGAGGAAUCUGACUGUCAACAUAAUUUUCCUCAAAAAUGGAGAGGUAGCGUACCGUGGAACGUCUUUUGCUGGCUAUGUUGGACUGUGGACAGGACAGAGUCCCAACAAGUUUACUGUCUCUGGUGACCAACGUGGCAAGGAACACUGGUGGGACUGGUGGAAGAACGUGGUGUCAGCUUUCCUCUUUCAGAGGUCCCCAGUCAGCUGGCUGGUGAGGGAGACACUGGAGGAAGCACAAGACUUUCAGGACGCAGUGAUUCGUCUUUCUAAAAUCCCCAUCAUCACUGGGGUGUAUUACAUUGUGGGUGGUGUGCGAGCAGGGGAAGGGGCUGUCAUCACCAGAGACCGAGUGGGUCCCGCUGAUAUCUGGCCACUGGAUCCUGUGAAUGGAGGAUGGUACAGAGUGGAGACAAACUUUGACCACUGGCUUCCUCCACCAUCCUGGGAUCAUCGAAGAGAAGCAGCCAACAAAGCGCUAAAUGCUACUGGCCAAGAUAACAUAAACAUGGAUACGCUUUAUCAGGUUUUGUCACUGAUUCCAGUGUGCAAUGGAAUUACUGUUUACACAACAACAAUGAGUGCAGCAGCUCCUGAGAGGUAUAAUACACUUGUCAGGCCACAGGGCUGCCUGAGGACGGACUGAACUGACUGCAGCCAACAACGCACUGAUUUUUGCUGCAUUGCCCUUGUGUAUCUGAACCUGUAUCUGAACUGUAUCUGAGCACAGCAUGGUUAGAUACGGAUUCACGAUCAUGUGGAGAUUAUAGAAUUGAGAAUAGCAGGGAAAUUGGACACCUGCGUUUUUAGGGUGACAAUGCUUUUCUGCCUCUAAUGAAUGUAAAUGUGAUCAUUUUGCAAAUUAUACAUCAAGCUUAAUACAACUUUGGAUACUGAAAUGACUGUGAUUGUCUGCACUAAACUGAGGACCAAUUUUUGAGUGCAUAAAUGACACUGAGAUUCAGCACCAGUCAAAAUGUUUCCCAGAUAAAAUGGAGUAAACUGAGUCUGCUUCAUCCCUUAAAUUUAUACACCACUCUGUUUUAUGCCUUUGUGUCGGCGACAGCUGUGGCCGGAGGCAUUAUGUUUAUCUUCAUCUCUGUCCCAUUCUUGUGAAUGUGAUAUCUCAGUAAUGAAUUCCUUCAUUUCUUCAUUCUGUGCAAAUGUUCACUAGACUUUGGUGGUCAGAGGUUAAGCUCAUAGUGAUUACAAAAAAAUAUGUUUUUGGCCAUAACUCAACAACUACAGCUGGACUGGCUGGGAGAGGCAUAUGACCAUGACUGCUUAAAUAUUAGUAACCAAACUUCACCUCCAACAGUGUGACAAAAGUAUAUGAAAGGUGACAGUAUUUUUUUAUCGUUAUUUAAAUAUGGUGUACUCAUCUUAUUAUUAUUGAGAGAUCUGAGUACAUUCAAAUGCAAUUUGUUUUUAGUUCAGAAAAGAAUAAUGUCCUUAUGCAGUCUUUACAGUUAUUUAAAAGCAUAACUAUCAUGUUUGUAAUUUUUUUAUUUAUUUAUCUUUGCUACCUGUAAGCUUUUAGUUUCAUGGGACAUAUUUUUCUUUAUUAUCCAGAAAGCCCUUUAAUUAAAAUUACAACUGCAAAUAGA